CUGACAUGAGGAUGAGUCUGGACGCUGCUGCGCAGGGUGGCGAACGGGUGGUCUGGGAGUACCAUCACGUUUCGCUGAACCGCGUGCCCGGCUAUGGCUUUGGCAUCGCCGUCAGCGGCGGCCGCGAUAAUCCGCACUUCACCACCGGCGAUCCCAGCAUCGCCAUCUCGGACGUGCUCAAGGCCGGCCCUGCCGAAGGCAAGCUGCACGUCAACGACCGCGUGCUCAGCGCCAACGGCGUCUCCCUGGAGAACGUCGACUACGCCACGGCCGUGCAGGUGCUGAAGGACUCGGGCGCCGUGGUGCGGCUCUACAUCAAGCGGCGCGUGGUGCUGCCCGCUCACCCCGAGCCGCAGACCUUCAAGCUCAGCCUCACCAAGGCCAAGAAGAAGGACGACUUCGGCAUUGUGCUCGGCUGCAAGAUUUACGUGAAGGAGAUCACGAACCGCUCGGCCACGUCCGACCGCGAGGCGGCGACGCUCCAGGAGGGCGACGUGGUGCUGCGCAUCAACCAGCUGGCCACCGACGGCAUGACGCUCAAGGAGGCCCGCAAGCUGAUGGAGGCGGCCAAGGAGCGCGUCCACCUGGUGGUGCGCCGGGAGCCGGGCGGCCGGCCGGCCCUGCCAGACUCAGAGACCAAAGAGAGCCCGUCGCACCACGCGCGCGAGUCCUCGGACGUGCGCUCCAACUACGGCAACCAGAACCUAUACGUGCAGCCGCCGACGCGCUCCGACCGGCCUGACCUCAGGUCACAGUCGAUGCCGCCGCCGCCCAGGCUCUACGACGAUAAGAACAACCUGAACAGGCAAAACGGCCGGUCCCGGGGGCCGCUGACGGAGGCGGCGCUGGGCCAGCUGGAGCCGCCGCUGCAGCUGAACCAUACCCCGCUGGAGGAGCCACCGCCGCCCCGGCCGCCGCUGCCCCGCGAUACCGUGGACCGGCCGCUGACCAACGGCGCCAACGGCUCGCACCAGCCGCAGAGCUCAGAUUUCUACGACACGCGCCGACAGCCCAGCUACAGCCAACAGUCGCCCAAGUCCAAAAGCAAUGUGCCGGACCCGCGCUUCGUCAGCUUCCAGAAGGAGGGCUCCGUCGGCAUCCGGCUGACGGGCGGCAACGAGACGGGCAUCUUCGUGACGGCCGUGCAGCCUGGCUCGCCGGCCGCUGUCCAGGGCCUCCAGCCGGGCGACAAAAUCAUUAAGGUGAACGGCAUGGAGAUGAAGGGGGUGACGCGGGAGGAGGCGGUGCUGUUCCUGCUCAGCCUGCAGGACCAGAUCGACCUGAUCGUGCAGUACCGCGGGGACGAAUACGACCAUAUCGUGGCCACGCAGCGCGGCGACUCGUUCUACAUUAGAACGCAUUUCAACUAUGAGCAGACGAAUAAGAAUGAGCUCAGCUUCCGCAAGGGUGAUAUCUUCCACGUAGUGGACACGCUCAACAUGGGUGUCGUCGGCGCCUGGCAGGUGUUUAGAAUAGGCCGCAACAACGAGGAGACGCAGAAGGGUGUGAUCCCGAACAAGGCCCGGGCCGAGGAGCUGGCCACAGCCCAGUUCAACGCCGCCAAGAAGGAGCACACGAACACGGAGACGCGUAGCCGCUUCUUCAGCCGGCGGCGGCGCCAGCGACGUUCCAAGUCGCUCGGCAAGGACCACUGGGAGGACGUGGUCUUCUCCGACUCGGUGUCCAAGUUCCCGGCCUACGAGCGCGUUGUGCUGCGCGGCUGUGGCUUUGUGCGGCCCGUCGUGCUGUUCGGAGCCGUAGCCGACAUCACGCGCGAACUGCUGCUCAAGGAGAUGCCUGACAAGUUCGCCGCACCACACCUCGGGGACCACCCUGUGUUGCAAUACCAGGAUAACUACAUCAAGCUGGACAUGAGCGACGAGUCCAAGACCAAGAGCUCGGGCAUUAUCCGGCUGAGCGCCAUCCGCGAGCUGGUGGAGCGCGGCCGACACGCGCUGCUGGACGUCACGCCCAACGCCGUCGACCGGCUCAACUUCGCCCAGCUCUACCCCGUGUGCAUCUUCCUGCGCGCCGAGAGCAAGCACGUGAUCAAGGAAGUGCGCGCCGCCCGUGCGCCCGACAAGCCGCAGAACAAGUCCAACAAGAAGAUCUUCGAGCAGUGCGUGAAGCUGGAGAAGCUAUGGUCGCACGUGUUCACUGCCACCAUCACCAUGACGGACGCCGACGGCUGGUACCGCAAGGUCAAGGAGUUGAUCGACAAGCAGCAGAACGCGCCUGUGUGGAUGUCCGAGACCAAGCCGGGCGAGUCUCUCUCGGACGACUUCCUCUUCCCGAUGACGUCGCGCCUGUCGUACGCCUCGUCGCCCGAGUCGGACCUGGAGGGCACCGAGACGUCUCCCAGCCGGUCGCCGGUGGCAUCUCCGGCCUCGUCCGACUCGCGGCUGGUGCGCAGCUCGUCCGACCCGAGCCUGGCGGCCGACGACGUGCCGCCGCCGCUCUCCGGCGUGCCCGGCCCGCCGCCCUACAGCCCCUACAAACAGGAGGAGGCGCCGCGGUCGGGCGGCAAGCGCAGCUCGCACGGCGGCGACAGUCGGUACGGCUUCUCGCGCUUCUCCUCGGACGAGUACCCGCCGCUGUCGCCGGCCGACGGCCGCUCGCGGCCCGGCGCCGGCUCGCCGGGGUCGCCGCGCUCGCCGUACCAGACGCUGCCGCACGACUUCCGCACGAAUGGCGACACGGGCGGCGGCCCGCCGCCGCAGGUGGACAGGGCCAGCAAGCCGCUCUCGCCGGUGACGGGCACGCGCAGCUACGGCCGCGCGGCCGGCGCCCACCUGCGCAGCUACCUCGACAGGGGGGAGGACGGCCCCUACCUGAGCGCCUCCAAGAACUUCACGCUAGACCGGAUAAGGACAAACAACUACGACAGCUCCUCGUCGUACGAGUCGUACAACCGCUUCAGCAACAUGCACGACGAUCUCAAGGCGCGCUCGAUGCCGCCGCGCGAGCUGCACGAGGCGCCGCUCUCGCCGGGCCACGGACCGCGCGCGCACGACCCGUACCGGUUCACGCGCAGCACCGCCCAGCCCAUCUCGCCGGGCGGCGAGCGCGAGGCGGCGCCGCGCGGCCCCAGCGCGCGUGCCGACUACAAGCCGCUGCCGCCGCCCAAGGGCGCGGCCGGCUACAAGCCCGUGCCGCCGCCCAAGCCGAAGAGCUACCGCGGCGCGGCCGGCGACACGUACCGACGCGGCGCGCUGCCCGACUCGCCGCUGCGCAAGACGCCGGACUCGCGCGGCAGCCGCGAGGACUUUGUCGGCUACCCGGUCAACGGCGACGACAGCGGCGGCUUUGACUCGGGCCACGGCUCCAGUCUGGACCGCAACUACGACGCGGCCGGGCGCACGUACAUGAACAUGCCGCCCGCGGGCGCCGGCGGCCAGGGCUACUACCUGAGCGGGCCGGGCGCGGCGCCGCACGAGACGGCCGGCCUCGACCUCAGCAACCGCGAGCAACGCGGCAGCGCCUUUGAACUGUACAAGAAGCCGCUCGACCCGCGCUUCGGCCAGUUCCCCGAGCACAGCGCCAGGUAGUACUGCGCAUGCGCAGCUGGCCUGCGCGGUGUUGUCGGCUGCCGCUCGGCGCGCGCGCGCGGGCAUGCAUGGCUCCGGCGCGUCUGAAGUGUACGCCCGGCUGGUUUUUCGUGUUGUUGUAGCGUAGCCGCAUGCGCACUCACCGACCCUCGACGGGCUCCCUCCGCUCCCAUCGCGUCACAAGCGUCUGUUGUGAUCACCAGUGUGGGAUCAUUGUGGUUUCAUAUCAUGGAUGCGAGUGUCGCGGCACUCUAGCUCGAUUCUCAUGUUGCGCAGUUUUUAGAUGUACAGAUUUGACCUGUAUGCAGACAUAUACACGAGUAAGACCUAUGUGGGAGAGCUGAAUAAAACGGUGAAAUGUU